GGCAACCCGAAGAUGCCAGUAAAUGUUCGUAGCUUGCCGGAGACGAGCCUAGGCCCGCUGCCAAUGUCGGAUGACUUUGCUGUGGCAUUGGGGGUCAAAGAAAGCACAUUCGAGCACAGACGAGAUCAACUACGGGAUGCAACGGAUGAGAUGCGAUAUAGCGAUCUCGUGGAUAUAUUGCUACCCCGGCUUAGGCUAGAGCACGAGCAACAACAGGAGGUUAUAUUCACGCGAUUCACAGCGUUGUACCUAGUCGAUCUCCUGCGCAAGUGGGAAGAGACAUCGGAUCCGGGUUCCUGCUACUUCAUCAUGCUACUCCAGCUGCAGCACAAUCCAUACUACCACUCUUUCCUUUCCCUCUCCCGUCCUCCACGCGGAUACACAUCACGGUGGAUCAUUCGAGCACAUGCGGAUAAGAUGAUAUCACCGCAAGGCGAGUGGAACGAUCCAAAAUACUUUGACGACCAGAUAUACAACACUUGCCAAUUUCUCGCAACGAUGCUGCUAUGGGAGGACUCGGAGGACGCUCUCUCGACGGAGACGGUGGAUGUUCUGAAGCGACGUAUCUUACAUUGGCAAAGUUUUCGCCCCGGAGUUGAGCAGGAAGAACACCCUGUCCCUCGAGCGCUCGGCCUGUUGAAUCGUGAUGCGCAAUGGGUUGCUAGGGCGAGACGUGUGAAGCAAGACAUGACUAAGACUCGAUUGGGAUGCAAUAAGCGAGGAUGCGCCGUUCCUUUCAUACCAGAACAAGAUACGCUGAAGCAAUGCUCGAAGUGCAAAGUGGCGCGAUACUGCACGGCAGAACAUCAGCGCGCAGACUGGAAGGAGCACAAGAAUUUUUGUCACGCAGCCAUAUGGAUUGCAUGAGCGUAUGCGACUCACUAUCCGGGGUCUUGAUCAUUCAAAUGCAUAUAGCGAGUCGGCCGUUGUCCGACAUUGUUACUCCCGCCUCUCAGGAUAGGUCAUAUCGGUGUCGUACACGAUUGAAUCGCCGGUCGUUGAACGCAAAUAUGAUGAUCAACAGUUGUUCC